AUGCCUCCGGAAUACACAUUCCAAGGGCAUUUCUCGGUGAAAUCUGACGUGUUCGGCUUCGGCGUAAUGAUCUUAGAAAUUGUUAGCGGGCAAAAGAACAGCAAUUUCCGAAAUGGCGACAACAUCGAGCACCUCUUAAGCUAUGCGUGGAGAAAUUGGCAAGAGGGAACUCACGAAAACGUGAUCGAUCCGAUCCUAACUUCGAGCCACGGCUUCUCGAACGUCGACGCGCUUAGGUGCAUCCACAUUGGCCUGCUCUGUGUCCAAGAAAAAGCGUCGUAUCGCCCCGCGAUAGCCGCCGUGCUUAUGAUGCUCGACAAUGCGUCACUCAUCCUCCCGGCGCCGUCGAAGCCGGCAUUCUUCAUGAAUGGGAGGUUGGACGGAGAUCGUAGCUCCGUUGUGCGCGAAGAACAGAUGGAUUUGAAUAAUCGAAGUAGUUUGUCGUCGUCGCCGACUUCGAAUCGUCGAAUAAAUAGGGUUUCUGAUCUUUCUGGCGAUGGUACUCAGAUCACUGAUUUGUUUCCACGUUGA